GGGCAGAGUGAGCGCAGUUCCUCCUGGAGCACCUUGAGUGAUGCCCAAGAAGUUCCAAGGUGAAAAUACCAAGUCGGCUGCUGCCCGCGCGAGGAAAGCUGAGGCAAAGGCAGCAGCCGAUGCCAAACGUCAGCAGGAGCUGGAAGAUGCCUACUGGAAGGAUGAAGACAAACACGUGAUGAGGAAGGAACAAAGGAAGGAAGAGAGGGAGAAGCGGCGGCUGGAGCAGCUGGAGCGCAAGAAGGAGCUGCAGCGCCUGCUGGAGGAGGAAGACUCGAAGCUGAAAGGGAAGUCGCCCAAGCAGGUCACUCCGGGCAAAGUCACCAGGGCCCAGAUCGAGGAGACGAUCAGAAAAGACCAGCAGCAGAAGGAGAAUGCGGAUACAGUGGAGAAGGAGAAGACUCACCUGGAGGUCCCCUUGGAAGAGAACAUCAACAGAAGGGUGCUGGAGGAAGGAUCAGUGGAGGCCAGGACGAUUGAAGAUGCCAUUGCCGUUCUCAGCGUUGCCAAUGAUCUGGACCGGCACCCCGAGCGCCGGAUGAAAGCUGCCUUCACAGCUUUUGAAGAGGUCAAUCUGCCGCGCCUGAAGCAAGAGAACCCCAACAUGCGCCUGUCCCAGCUCAAGCAGCUCCUCAAGAAGGAGUGGAUGAAGUCUCCAGAAAACCCCAUGAACCAGAGGCACAAAGCUUACAACAGCCAAAAGUAGAACUAGAGCUGAUCAUCCCCCACGGACAGUGGGCUGGAGCCCCAGGGCUCUGCUCGGAUGAAAAGAGGAGACACGAGGAACCUCCUCUCCUUUUGUUUCCCUUCCCGCCCCCACUUUCUGUCUUUCUCUGUUCUUGGAUUCAAGAUAAGCACGAGGCCACGGCUCGCCUCGGGGACCCUGCAGCGUCCUGCCGUCUUCACUGAUGGCCCUGCCCCCCCCCCCACGUGCUCACCCCUCCACAGGCAGCUGGUGCACAGCGACCUGGACAGACUAACACUACUUUCAUGCUUCCGAAUUCGGUUGUUGUCUUACAAAAAAAAAAGUUACUAACUCGCUUCCAGACCUUCAGCAUGGGCAGCACUUGCGAGGUGCAACAUCAGCACUGCCGCCUGCCGAGGUAGGGACCCCCUGCGCUGGCUAGCACCGUGCAUUAACCCGCAUUCAUCCCUGUCUCUACCGUGGCUGCGCCACACCCUCGUGCUCUGCAGGGUGAAUUUUUGCAACCGUCAUGAGGAAAGCGCCCGCCCUCUGUUGCUUGUCUCAUCCUCGGUGCUGGGAUGUCCCCGAAGAGGUUCCAGGCUGGGACCGCUGUUGGCCCUGCCUGCUGCCGGCCACCUCUCUCCUCUUGAUCUCGACUGGCGGUGUGUUAGAUGGGGAGGAGGAACCACAACGGGAGCAGAAUCUCUGUCAGCGCGGUGUUGUGGGGAAGAGAGAAAACAACCUUCCGUCUUCAAAGGGGAAGGGAAGGAAUAACACGGCACAACGUGGCUCCUGCCUUGUCUGCGCAGGACACUGGUGCCAGACUUCUCUGUGUGACUUUCCCGGUGGCCUUGCCCAGAGCCUCACACCCUGCUGGUGCGACAGGAGGCUUCCUGGAGGGGCUGCAACCCUGCACUACCCAAGAACUGCCC